UCCAGUGCUCCACGGCAUCACCUGAUGGCAACCUCACCACCAAAAACUCACCAAGUUCGCCGUACGCGUCGUGUGCUUACCACGCAGAUGAUGAGGCGUUGUAACUCCAUAUAAAAACACUGUUUACACUUACAGUCCACAUAAUUUCCAGGCCUUUCUUUUUGGUACCUCCAUUUACCUCAUCAGGGAUCAUCGUCGUCAUCGACAUCGACAUUGAUGGCCUCCAAAACCUUGGAAUAUUCCCAGUGUCAGCACAGGCUUGACAAUUUACAGGUACGUGCAGGUAAGGUAUAGCCUCCCCUGCGACACGUCGCGUUCAGUGUGUCAGGCUUAGCUAGUCAACCCCAGAGAAGAUCAAUUCGGCUGCGGAUGGGGACGCAGAGAAAACAAAAGGCAAAGGGGUUCUCUGUACUUGUGUGAUGUGAUAAAAGAGCACAAGGGAAAAGAAAAAAAAAAGGCAAGUAAGUUACAGGUAGAGGCAGGCAUCCAUUGAAGGGGAUAUGAUGAUGAAGUUCCAUUUCCAUCCUUCCAACCAAGAGGAGGAAAGAUAAGGGGGAGGAGGAGGAGAUUGUUGGCGAUUGGGGAAUUGGCGGUCUCGGGCAUCGUCGGCGCUGAUUUCAGGUUCUCUCCUGUCGUCAAGAACCGAAUCCUUACUGAGGUAGACAAGGGGGUGGCCGGCCGUGCUCGUGGCGAGCUGGAGGCGAUGGGAACGCGUGAGCUCCUCCUCGUCGUCGUUCUUGCCGUCGUCGGUGCCGUCUUGGCCGGCUGCGCCGGCGCCGACGCGCAGUCUUCGUCGGCGUCUCCGGCGCCGACGUCGGAGGCGCCGCCGGUGCGGCAGCAGACGCCGUUCGGGCGGACCAUGUCGACCGUCAUCACGGUGUCCAUCAGCGUGUUCUUCUUCCUGCUGUUCUUCUGCGCGUACAUCAACCAGUGCCGCCUCGCGGAGGCCGGGGAUGCGCGUGGCGCCGCCGCGGCGGCGGGCGGCGCGGGAGUAGGGCCCUCCAGGAGAGGGAAGCGCGGGCUGGACCCGGCGGUGGUGGCCACGUUCCCGAUCGUGCCGUACAGGAAGGUGGUGAAGCACAAGAUCGGCAAGAGCGUGCUGGAGUGCGCCGUGUGCCUGACGGCGUUCGAGGACGGCGACGACCUCCGGCUGCUGCCGCACUGCUCGCACGCGUUCCACCCGGAGUGCAUCGACCCCUGGCUGGAGGCGCGGGUCACGUGCCCGCUGUGCCGGGCCAACCUCGAGAAGCCUCCGCCGCCAUCGGCGGCAGCGGCGGCGGCGGCGCCUCCUUCUCCGGAGCAGGAGCCGCGGUGGCAGCCGUCGCCGCCGCAUGCCGUGGUGAUACCGGUGGAGGACGACACCGAGGACACCGACGAAGACGACAGGAAGGAGGAGGCCGUGGAGCUCGAGAUGCUGCGCAGCGAGCGGCGCGCCGCGAGGCUUCCGAGGUCGCACUCGACGGGUCACUCGCUGGUCGCGUCGGGGGCCGCGGCGGCGGAGGCGGGCGACCACGAGAGGUUCACGCUGCGGCUGCCGCAGCACGUGCGGGACGAGGUGCUCAGGUCGCUCCGCCUCCGCCACGCCACCAGCCUGGUCAACCUCUCGGACAUGAGCUCCGAGGGGAGCUCGAGAGGAGGGCGGCGGGCCGUAGGCGUCACCUUCGGGAGCACCGGCGGAGGGAGCAGCCACGGCGGCCGCCGGUGGCAGGCGUUCUUGGCCAGGACAGUGUCAUGGGCGCGAGGCGGAGGCGACGGGUCGGUGCGCAAGGGGUGGGACGGCUCGACGAGAAGAGGGAAGGACGACGCCGAAUCGAGCAGAAAGGGUCCGACCUCACCGACGGCGGGGCGGCCGUGAUCACCCCACGACGCCGACGUCUCCACCUCGCCGGAAACUGGAAAAACAACAACAACAACAAAAAUCGUGCUUUGCUUCCAUUUCUUUCUCUUUUUUUUUUAUUUAGGAAUCUAUUUAUGUAGACUAAUCAAAUCACUGUUCAUGCUUCGUGAGGCCUGAAAUUUUCCAACAUCUUUUGACCGUCGCAAAAGAAAAGUUCAGUUUUGUUCUCCUUGUAAAAAAAAAAAGAUUCACCGGAUUGAAAAAAAAAACUCGGUUCACCAGACGAACUCUCGGAGAUCCUCCCGGGAUUUCACCCCCAUUUCCCUUGUAAAUUACUGGAUGCGUAUCCCGCUUUUCGUUAGUGGGAGAAGCAUUCGCAUAAUCGCAUUUCCAUCCAGCGUCGCGGAUGAGCUAGCGAUAAGCUUCUUUAAUCAUUUUUGU